GCGGAGAGCGGGAGCGGCCCGGGAGCGGACGGCGCGCCCGGCGCUGCCCGCACCGCGCUCGAGGGAGGGGCCGCUCCCAUGGAGGCAUUCCCGGGCACCAAGCUGGAGCAGCACCGGCACCUCCCGCCCGUGGAGUGCCUGCCGGGCGCCCGCUACGGCGGCCGGAGCCACAGCGCCUGCGGGAACGUCUUCAACUCCUGGAACGACUACCUGGGGCUGGCCACGCUCAUCACCAAGGCCGUGCGGCCAGGCAAGGGCUUCGGCCCCGAGCCCCCCUCGGUGGUGGUAGCGGCCGCCGUGCCGCCGGCCGAGGAGGAGGAAGAAGAGGAGGAGGAGGAGGAAGAGGCGGCGGGGCCGUACUUCGAGGGCGCGCUGGACUUGCACGACCUGGACCUGUGCGGGCACCACCACCACCACCACGGCGAGGGGCUGCUGGAGGAGCGCUUCGCCGACUUCAGCCCCUUUCCCGGGCGCGGCGGCCCCGCCGCCGUGGUGUUCGACUGCUCGGGGGAGCACCCGGGCCGGGAGGGCUCUGCCCACGCCUGGGGCGGCGUGGUGGUGGCGGGGCGGCUGCCGGCGCACCCGCGGGCCGCCUCCCGCCUGCUCAAGCCCGAGCUGCAGGUCUGCGUCUUCUGCCGGAACAACAAGGAGGCGGUGGCCCUCUACACCACGCACAUCCUCAAGGGACCCGACGGCCGCGUCCUGUGCCCGGUGCUGCGGCGCUACACCUGCCCGCUCUGCGGCGCCAGCGGCGACAAUGCCCACACCAUCAAGUACUGCCCCCUGUCCAAAGUGCCGGCGGCCCGGCAGCUCCGGCACGCCCGGACCGCGCUGGGCAGGAAGGGCCGCUAGCGGCCGGGACCCCCGGGGCUCGCCCCGCGCCCCCCGACGCUGACACUGCCCCGGCCCGGGGCGGCCGCUGCGCGCUGGAACGCGCGGAGCCCGGCACUGCGAGGCGGAGAUGCGCUGUGUUUGUUUAUUGUAAGAAAAAAAUAUAUCUAUAUGUGAUUUUUAUGGAGACGGCGAGAUCUGACUGGGCGGGUGUGCGCGGGGGGCUCCGAGGGUUGAGGCGGGAGGUGGCGGGGGGCCCCGGAGCCCCGAUCCCCCGGGCAGCGCCGCCUUCUGCCGCCCGGCCGGCCCCAGCGCCCGGGACAGCGGGCGGGAGAGCUGUUCUGCACUGCCAGCUAAUAGCAGGGUGUUUAAUUAGGGUACAGCACUCCGCCUUUCAGCUCUUAAAGCGAACAUCCCAGCGGUUUCCUUCGCCGGUUCUACAGCCGGUGUGCAAAUCGCCAUCGAGGCUGCCCUCGGUAAUUCCCGGAAUCGAGCGGUCACCCUUCCUCCCGUGGGCACCGAUGGUCUCGCAGGUCCCCGUGUGGAAUACUGAGCUUUAGGGAAGGUCUGAGGGGAGAAAACAUCCAAGUGCGUGUUUGAAAACGUGCUGGCUCCGGGCUAGGGUGCAAAGCGAGCCUUGCUGCUGACAGAAAGGCAGAAAGAGUGGCAGUGAGCGAGCUUUGAUGCAGCUGUGUUUGUGGUGGAGAACGGGGGAAGCCUGGUGGAAAGAGACCUGGACAAAGCAGAAAGCUGUGACCGUAGGAGAAUGGAAGAAAGGGAGGUUGUUUAUCUUCGACAGUUCAGAGAAUGUGGCUUUAACUCUCUGCAAGUAAAAGAGAUCUACCCAUGUGGAUAACAAAUAUCCUUAACUCUACACAGACUGUACAAAGCAUAAGAAUUAGGCUGAAGUCCUGGACCACUCUGGGUGAUGGCAGUUCCUUGGUACUGAAUAUCAGCCAGCACUAUGUCACUUCUAAUCCCCAAGAGAAAAUGGCUUUUAAAAUUUUUUUUUAUCUGUUUGUUGUUGUUUUGGGUUUUUUGUUUGUUUUUAGGGUUUUUG